AUGGCUGAAUACAUGACUCCGGACACCUCGGUGACAAAAGAGAAGGCGCCCAGCGUGUCCGGCUCAGGCAUACUCAACAGCAAAGCAGAAAUCGGAGAGGUCAUGGACGCAAGUGAUCUUGAGAAGCGAAAUCACGAUGGGCCGGGCGACAAAUUUCAUCGAUUGGGCUGGAAACGUUUGACGGUAAUAAUGGUGGUUGAGGCCAUUGCGUUAGGCAGUCUCAGUAUUCCCCAAGCUCUCGCCUCCCUGGGGAUGGUUCUCGGUGUUACCAUCUGUGUCUCACUUGGCCUCGUCGCUAUUUACACGUCAUUUGUGGUUGGUCAAGUCAAGCUAGCUUACCCACAUAUCAGUCAUUAUGCCGAUGCCGGACGUCUACUCAUGGGAAAGUUUGGUUACGAGCUUGUCGGAAUAAUGUUUUCACUUCAACUCAUAUUUCUCGUUGGAUCACAUAGCUUGACCGGCGCAAUCGCAUUCGGAAGUAUCACGGACCACGGUACUUGCUCCAUUGUAUUUGGAAUAAUCUCGGCCAUCAUUCUUCUACUACUUGCCAUUCCUCCCUCUUUUGCCGAAGUCGCUAUACUCGGUUACAUUGAUUUUGUCUCAGUUGUUCUGGCUAUAGGCAUCACUAUUAUUGGAACCGGCGUCGCACAGGCUCGAGGAAGCUUGGCCGCCUCAGACUGGUCUGCCUGGCCUAGGGAGGGACUAACUUUUGUGGAAGCGUUUGUUAGCCUCGGAAACAUAGUUUUUGCCUACUCGUACGCCGUCUGCCAAUUUUCUUUCAUGGAUGAGAUGCACACCCCUAAAGAUUAUACCAAGUCGAUCUACGUGCUGGGUGGUAUUGAGAUUUUUGUCUACAAUUUGACGGGUAUAUUAAUCUACUUAUUUGUGGGUUCCAGUGUUGAGUCACCGGCGCUUCUUUCGGCAGGACCUACACUUUCUAAAAUAGCAUUCGGGGUUGCCUUGCCGGUCAUUUUCAUUUCCGGAUCGAUUAAUACAACAGUCGUCACGAAAUAUAUUCAUGGACGCAUCUACAAAAAUUCACCCAACCGGUUUAUCAACACCAGGUCUGGAUGGAUCUCUUGGAUAGGCAUGGUCAGCCUCGUCACUGUCAUCGCUUGGAUAAUUGCGGAAUCUAUACCUUUCUUCUCCGAUCUUCUGUCCAUAUCUUCAUGUCUAUUCGUUUCGGGUUUCACUUUCUACUUUCCUUCAUGGAUGUGGUUUAAGUUGAUCAAGAAGGGAUCCUGGAAAUCCCGUGAGAAUAUCUUACAUUCCAUUACCAACGCCUUUGUCUUCGUACUUGGAAUGAUCAUUCUCUUUUGUGGUACUUAUGCAAGCAUACAUGAUAUUCUGAAUCAGUACGCGGCUGGUAAAGUUCGGGGAGUCUUUACUUGUGCUUGA